UUCGUAUUCACGUGACUAUCUCAGGCGGGAGUCGGGCACAUGAGGAGCCGCCAUUGUUCCUGUGUUUCAUAUGUGGUGGUUUUAAGAGAAUUGUAGCCUCUCCGCGGACUGCAUACGCAGAUCAGUGCGGGAAAAAAUCAUCGGAAAGAUACGACACGCUAAAUAGAAGCUGACCACACCGCUAACGAGUCUUCAAAAGGGAAGCAAAACGGCCAACGGUGGAUUGUGUGAUGUCUCGCUGUGUUCAAACGACAUCCAAGAUGGCCUCCCUACGUUCGUGUUUUUUCUGAAGUGCUCUGUGGGGGUUCGGGACGCGAAGACUUUGGGACAGCAGUUGUGCUGACAGUUGAACGAUCGGUUUUUUUUUCUUUCCGUGGUUUCGUUCACGUUUUGCCGAUUCCUGGAGAUGCAACGCAUGAAAAGCCAAGGAAAUCCAGCAGUGAGCAACGGCCCAAAGGACAUGGUCAAGGAUGAAGAGUUUGACUCAUGGCGCAACCAGAACCAGCAGCCCCAGCCAGCUGCGCAGCAGCAGACAACUUACCAGCCCCACCUGUCGACAUCGAACCUGGGCGAGCCGUACAUCCCCAGCUACUAUGCGUCCAUGUCAUUUCCUUACUUGAACCAGGGCCUUGGUGAUGGCGCUUGGAGCAAUGGUGGUGACCCUGUUGGCUUCUUCGGCUCCUACGGGGGUCAGAUGGGCGCGGGUGGCGAACAACCACCGCAGCAUUAUGUUGACGGUGGUGCUGGAAUGUUCAGUCAGAACAGCUUUGCGGGAUAUGGCCAGGGCUUUGGCUUCUUCCCAGGCAGUGGUGGCGACUACUCGACAUGGGGAACAGCAGCGAGUUCUGGGCAGCCGGCGGCAGCGGCGGCGGCCGCAAGCAAGGGUUACCCCGAGGAGUACUAUCGUGGCGACUACGACCAGACGGGAAUGGACCGAGGGCUUAAGCACCUUGAGCAGGGCUUGAGGUCUUUGGCAUUGGGUGGUGACAAGGACUUUGCAGGAUCCAAGGAGCCUUAUGGCAAGGACCCAAAAAAACUGGGGGGUAGUGACAAGAAGUUGUCGUGGGCCUCCGUAGCAAGUCAGCCGGCCAAACCAAAGGCAGUGAAAAGCAAGAGCCCCCUGCUGCCUGCAGCUGCGCCCAGCAAGCACCCAAUGGACAUUGGCACUUGGGAGGGGAAGAAUGGUGCGAAGCCACGGGGCAGUGCUGCGCCAUGGGCGAGCCAGGCGCCGCCGCCUCCAGAGAACAGCUACACGCACCCUGUGCUGGAAAAGCUGCGACAUGAGAACAACUACAACCCCAAGGACUUUGAUCUGGAGCCGAAAGGGGCGCGCUUCUUCAUCAUAAAGAGCUACUCGGAGGAUGAUAUCCACCGAUCCAUCAAGUACUCCAUCUGGUGCUCAACAGAGCAUGGUAACAAGCGGCUGGACGCUGCUUACCGCGACGCGCAAGGCCCUGUGCUUCUCUUCUUUAGCGUCAAUGGGUCAGGCCACUUUUGUGGCAUGGCCGAGAUGGUGUCGCCUGUGGACUACACGGCCUCUUCGUCGGUAUGGGCGCAGGACAAGUGGAAGGGGCAGUUUCGUGUGCGCUGGGUGUACGUCAAGGACGUGCCCAACUCUCAGCUUCGGCACAUACGGCUUGAAAACAACGAGAACAAGCCUGUGACCAACUCGCGGGACACCCAGGAGGUGCCUCCAGAAAAGGGCCGCCAGGUGCUCAAAAUUCUGCACGGCUUUCGGCACACCACGUCCAUCUUUGAUGAUUUCCUCCAUUACGAAAAGCGUCAGGAAGAGGACGAACAGCGAGAGUUUCCCUCGGUUCCUGCAGGUGGACCAGCAGAGCCGGGAUUGCUACCCAAUCUUGACCAUUUAAAAGCUGCAGAAGCAAUGAAGGAAAACAAGCAGAUGCCCAUGCCAACAAGCAACCACCACAUGCAGUCGAGGUACCACCACCAGCAGGCGUGGUGAAGUGGCGUGUGGUGCAAGGCCUUCGGCGGUGUUAUUUCCCCCUCCCCGAUUGCAAGACUCCCGUUGCCACAGAAACCCCCUUCGUCAACGACUGGAAAGCGCCACCGUGACACUCCCUGUGCGCCGAGGCUUUCGACGUCAGCGGUGACAGCGUGCCCCAUUCUUUGUGGUUCUGCUGUGUGUGUGCGUGUGCAAUUUGUGUGCGCGUGCACCUCGCGUGAUGUGUGCCCUCCGCUGAGGCAAGGACCACGAGCCUCUCUAGUUUUCUCCUGUAAACCCCACAAAGUGCUUAUCCUUCCCAUUGCCCUCUUUUUCUCAUUUCCGUGCUGCACAGCUGCUAACCAACAGUGGAUGACCUUUUUUUCGGGGUGGGGCGGGAAGUACUACUGUCACGGUUUCCUGCCAAAGUUAAGAGGCUAAGGGAGGUGCUUCUUGGCACAUUCGGUAAUGUUGGGCUGAGUUGCCGGAGAUGGAUGUGUAGCAUACUGGAGCUUCUUACCACUGGUUUUCUAGGUUUAUUUGCCACCACCAAGUUUUCGAAGGCUUGGCAUGGUGGUUUCUCCUGCCCGUCCCUUGAGCUUUUAAUCCCCUCUUGCCGCUUGCCAAUGUAUUCUUGCUCUCUUUCUAUCUCUCAUCUGGCUUGUGCGCAUGGAUUUUGGUCCCCCAUCUGUUUCUCUCUCUUUCUCUACCUCACUGGCUCUCAAACUCCUAUCAUGUGGUUGUUAAUGCAGCGCAAAGCAAAAAAAAGAAAAAGAAAAAAAGUGGUAACAGUGGGCAAAGCGGUAACAAAAAAAAAAGGUGGUGGGACACACGUGGACCUCUAGGUUUUUUUUUUUUUCCUUCCUGCUUUUCUUGUGUCAUUUGUUUCCUUGUUUGUAGGAUUGGAGGCCAGUGGACGAACUUUGCACAGCCUCCCGGACCUCCCCUUGUUGUUUUGUGGGAAAAUGCUAGUGACCACAAAUUGUUAUCAGUCAGCGGGUUUACCGAAAGGAAGAGACUUAAAAAAAAAAAAGAACCUGAACUGGCACCAUUGGAUGGACUACUUUGUGUUUGUUUUGACUUGUCAGAAUUCGGGACUCCUAGGACUUGUAAAAGAAAAAAAAUGCAGAAAACAAUGGACUCAAAACACUGGACUUGAUGACCAACGACAGACUGGACGCACCGCCGCGAGACAGCAGACGCGCAGUGUUUCGGAAUGUAUGUGGCCUGUGCGUGCUCGGACAGCGUGGACUUGCUUCAAGGACUUGUGCUGUUGCUUCGUGGGUCGGGGGGUUGAAAGAUGGUUCGUCAAGUGACUAGUUGUAUCUAUUUCUGGACUGAACUUCUAAUUUGUUUACUUUUUUUUUCUUGGUCAGGUAAAACUGAACCCAAUUGUUGGACUUGAUUGACUUUGAGGGCAAUGUGGAUGCCACUAGAAAUGCAUACCUGCAUGUAUUUUUUUUUUUCUCUUUCUCUCUUUCUAGGGAGGCUGAUGGAUUUUUGCAUUGAAAUGCUUAGCAGUAUAUACAUAUAUUGUGGCCCACCUUUGGCAAUUGUGAGUUACUAAAACAAAAAGAAAAGGCAUUGACAGUGCAGAUGAUUGUGUGGACCUGCUUUUUUUUUCUCGGAAUACAACUAUAGUGCAUUCUGUAGCUGUUUGAAGGAUGCCCGCUGGAGCACUCCAUUGCAAGAAUUAAAGAAAAAUGAUGUGAAAUUGCAUUUCAAACCGAUCGGGAAAUGGGAGGUGUGGUAUACUUGCAGGAAGCUGCUGCGCUCGUUACUUGUGUGAGGUCUAUGGCAUCCUUUUGUUGUUGUUAACUUCGCCAAUAAACACUGAGCACAAUGAAA